GGAGCCCUCUCCAGGCAACCCAGUGCUGAUCGCCGGUGCCGGUGCGGCCGUUCCCCCUCCGUAGCGGGAGGCGAGGCUCCGAAGCAGCCCCCUCCUCCUCCUGGGCUCACCUCCCACCCCCUUCCCGGUGGACCUCGGGGCAUGAGCAACGAUGGCGGGCUGCAUCCCUGAGGAGAAAACUUACCGGCGCUUCCUGGAGCUGUUCCUGGGCGAGUUCCGCGGACCGUGCGGCGGCGGCGAGCCAGAGCCCGAACCCGAAUCCGAGCCCGAGCCCGAGCCCGAAGCGGAGCUGGUCGCGGCUGAGGCGGCCGAGGCUUCGGGGGAGGACCCGGGGGAGGACGCUGCGACGGUAGAGGCGGCCGAGGAGGGGGUGCAGGACCAAGACCCCGAGCCCGAAGAGGAGGCGGUGGAAGAGGAGGCGGCGGCCGAGGGCGAGGAGGAGGAGGAAGAGGAGGAAGCGGCUGCCCCGGGGCACUCGGCCGUGCCGCCGCCGCAGCCCCAGCUGCCGCCGCUGCCCCCGCUCCCGCGGCCGCUGUCGGAGCGCAUCACCCGAGAGGAGGUGGAGGGCGAGAGCCUGGACCUGUGCCUGCAGCAGCUCUACAAAUAUAACUGCCCUUCCUUUCUGGCUGCCGCUUUAGCCAGAGCCACAUCAGAUGAAGUCCUCCAGAGUGACCUUUCUGCUCACUGUAUCCCAAAGGAGACGGACGGCACAGAAGGGACUGUGGAAAUUGAGACAGUGAAAUUGGCCCGUUCUGUCUUCAGCAAACUACACGAGAUUUGCUGCAACUGGGUGAAGGACUUCCCUCUACGCAGGAGGCCACAGCUUUAUUAUGAGACGUCAAUCCAUGCCAUCAAGAACAUGCGAAGGAAAAUGGAGGACAAACAUGUCUGCAUCCCUGACUUUAACAUGCUCUUCAACCUAGAGGACCAGGAGGAACAAGCAUACUUUGCAGUGUUUGAUGGCCAUGGGGGAGUGGAUGCUGCUAUAUAUGCCUCGGUUCACCUACACGUUAACUUAGUGCGCCAGGAGAUGUUUCCCCAUGACCCUGCUGAGGCUCUCUGCCGGGCCUUCCGUGUCACAGAUGAGCGGUUUGUGCAGAAGGCAGCCAGGGAGAGUUUACGAUGCGGGACCACAGGAGUAGUGACUUUUAUCAGAGGCAACAUGCUCCAUGUGGCAUGGGUGGGCGACUCCCAGGUCAUGCUGGUAAGAAAGGGCCAAGCUGUUGAACUCAUGAAGCCUCACAAGCCAGACAGAGAGGAUGAAAAGCAGCGAAUUGAGGCCCUUGGAGGCUGUGUGGUUUGGUUUGGUGCCUGGAGGGUGAAUGGAAGCCUGUCAGUCUCCAGAGCCAUCGGAGAUGCUGAACACAAGCCAUAUAUCUGUGGAGAUGCAGAUUCUGCCUCCACUGUUCUGGAUGGGACUGAAGACUACCUCAUUCUGGCCUGUGAUGGCUUCUAUGACACCGUGAACCCUGAUGAGGCAGUGAAGGUUGUGUCUGACCACUUGAAAGAGAAUAAUGGAGACAGCAGCAUGGUUGCCCACAAAUUAGUAGCAUCAGCUCGUGAUGCGGGGUCAAGUGAUAACAUCACUGUUAUUGUGGUAUUCCUGAGGGACAUGAACAAAGCUGUAAAUGUUAGUGAGGAAUCAGAUUGGACAGAGAACUCUUUUCAAGGAGGGCAAGAAGAUGGUGGGGAUGAUAAGGAGAAUCAUGGAGAGUGCAAACGCCCUUGGCCACAGCACCAGUGCUCAGCACCAGCCGAUCUAGGCUAUGAGGGGCGUGUGGAUUCAUUCACUGAUAGAACUAGCCUGAGCCCAGGGCCCCAAAUCAACGUGCUGGAAGAUCCAGACUACCUAGAUCUCACACAAAUAGAAACAAGCAAACCUCACAGUACCCAAUUUUUGCCACCAGUUGAGAUGAUUGGUCCUGGUGCACCAAAGAAAGCAUAUGUUAAUGAGCUAAUAAUGGAGGAGAGCUCAGUCACGCCAUCACAGCCUGAACGGAGUGGUGCUGGAGAGCCUCUGGUUUCUUUUAAUUUGGGUUCAACAGGGCAACAGAUAUGCAGAAUGGAGAACUUGUCCCCUGUCUAUUCUGGGUUGGAAAAUGAACAGUUCAAAUCCCCGGGGAAAAGAGCAUCUAGAUUGUAUCAUUUACGCCACCACUACUCCAAAAGGCAGCGUGGAUUUAGGUUUAAUCCAAAGUUUUAUUCAUUUCUUUCUGCUCGAGAGCCUUCUCGCAAAAUAGGCAUUAGCCUCUCCUCACUUACUCGAAGUGGGAAGAGAAACAAGAUGUUAAGAAGUUCUUUGCCAUGGAGGGGAAAUAGUUGGGAAGGAUAUAGUGAAAACAUGGUGAUCAGAAAGCGUAAUAAUAUUUCAUGCCCAGACCUUCCCUGGGACUAUAAAAUAUAAAGACUUUUUCUUCAAUGUAGGCUAGCUAGUUCUCUCAAAAAUAUAACUAUCAGAGUAGAAACAAGGUAGACAUUUUUAACGUACAUGUGCUUCAUUAUGAAUCCACGGAUGGCUCAACCCUCAAAUGUACAUAGAUCUUUAGGAAACUCAAAAUAGCGUUUUCAAUCUAAUCAAAAGUAUUGGCGGUUUCACUAGAAAAAUUAUUCAACUGGUCCCUGUGAUGUGUCUCCACACCUACAUACAGCCCCUCUUCACCAUCCCUUCACGUCACUAGUGGAAGCUUGAAAGUUAUUCCAGUCAGAAUAUAUGGUAUAGAAAUCGCAACUAUUGGUCUGAUGUGCCUAAUCUAAAGGAAACAAUGCAGAAUUAAUUUUUGUUGGGAAAUGUCCCUCAAGAACUUGGGGACUAUGGAGCAUCUCCUCCCAAUUGCUUGGGUAGGUGAAAGAGUAAAAGCCACACGGGUCCUAACUGCUGAUGAAAGAUGCAGUAACCAGUACCAAAGUGUCCUACUCUCAGACUCGGGAGGCAGCAUAUGUGAGAGAAUUCAUUUCUCAUAGAAAGUGGAAGGCAACUAUGAACAUUUCUAAUUAAAAUACAUCGUUAAGGUUUUAGUUAUUUGAGCGUUUUAUAACCUGUUGUGGUGCUUUUGGUGGGAUUCUGUUACUCUUCAUUUUAGGAGACCACCGCCAGCUGGCUGUAACCUAGGAUGCUAAUGUUUUUCACAGUACCUUCAUCUCAGGAAUAAAAGUGGUUUAGCAGAGAUGAUGUCAGGUACGCUAUAAGACUCAUGCCAUUUAAAAAGAGUUGUGAAAAUAGCAUUUCUAUAUUUUCUGCUUUUUUAUGUUUACAGACAGCAAAGGCAUAUAUUACUAUAAUAUAACAUGUAGUUUGAAGAAUGAAAAAAAAAAUGAUAGUUUUAACUUCUCUAAAAUUGUUUUCCCCAAGGGAAUGAAGUAAUUGGUAUGAAGGAAGCUGAGUGUGAACCCAGAGGCCAAGUGCAAAGGAGAAUGCAGAUUACUGGGAGCCAGGGCUGUUUAGUUGUAACUGCAAGACGAGCCAGAGUCCAGCUACUUGCUUCAGACCACAGUGACAGGUCAUGUGCUUCUCAUUUCAAUACUUAAGUUAUAGCUUAUAGUUCUAAAUCAACUACUUCCUGCCAUUUCAAAGUUUCAAAGCAGAAACCCAGCAAGUACAGGGUCAUGUUUGUUCAGUGAGGCAGCCUGGUUUCUCUCAGCCAUGGGUCCACGUCCUCAUGUUCCCCAUCCCCCACGCUGGGCCAGUGUGGCCAAUAGGCAGGAGUAGCUGCUAGAGCCAUUGCUCACAGUGCAGGCACUGCUCCUACGUAAUCAUGUUCUAUGUAACAGCAAUUCACGAGGCACUCUCCAGACCCACACAAGACUAAGGUCCCCAAAUUCCGAGACAUAAAUGACUAAUAUACCGCAGGUACAUCAACUCGUUAAGAGACCAAAACCCGGCUUCUCUUUAGCAAUAAUCACACUGUUAAUCUAUAGCUUUUAUUUUUCAAAAUUUGAGAGUAAGUGGAGAUUCUCGGUAUGUUUUCUGUUGACCUUGGCGUCACCUUCCCCUCCCCCACAGUCACUGUUAACCGCUCAGGUGAAGAGGAUACCAAGGCUCCACCUCGGCAGUGUAAACUUCAUCACCUCUCUCCUGCUCUGCCCACACAUGGCCCUCGCUCAUGGCUGUUGUCUUUUUGAAGCCCAGAUCUUGUUGACAACCCAUCAGGUACAGGGUCACUUUCAAAUCAACACUUGUAAGGAAACAGGAGGAGGCUGCAGAACACAGGUGUACACUCAGACCCCAAAGUCUAAGAGCAUCUGUGGUUAUUAUUUGCUGGCAGUGAUUUUGAUCAGGAUGAGGAGAAAAGAAGAAACAUUUUGGGGUGAUACAGGCUUUUUAUCAGUGGGGUUAAAAAAAAAAAAACAAAAAAAAAACUGGGUGGAUGAAACUGGGACAAACAGACCCAUUUUGAAAGGUCUGGAUUUUGUAGGUCUGACUACACAGCAGUGUUAAAACUCCAUUUCUCAUAUCAUUCGCUCUCUAGAAAAUAGAGAAAAGUAUUUCUAGUGUGGUCAAGUUAAUAAACCAAUAUUGUAGAAAAUAACUUCAUUUGUUCACAAUGUGCGUAUUUAUAAGGUAGUUAGGAACCAUUUGUAAGGUAAGUCCUUUAACAUUCUAUGAUAUUAAAGUAGUGGUUAUUGGCCUGAUAAACACUGCUGUUGGUUCUAAAAACCAGACAAGAAGCAGUGCUUUGUGAAAUGCAGUGUUAACCCUUACCGCCACUGGUGAUAGGAAGUAGUUCCCUUCAGUUCAAAUCCUCUGCCCUUCUUUGCUGCUUGCUAAUGUAAGCAAUAAGUAACCCUCUAACUAAUGGUAUCUAUACAUUUCUGUAACUUAUAUUUAAUGAUGGUGUAUCUGGUGACUGUACAAACAUUAGACAGAUAUAAAAGUAUCUAUACAAUAUAUAUUACUGUAAAUGCUGA